AUGAAGUUCUCACACAGCAUUCAGUUCAAUGCUGUUCCAGACUGGAGCAGUCAUUAUAUCGCCUACAGCAAUCUCAAGAAGCUGAUUUACCAGCUCGAGAAGACUAUCCACCAAACCUCCUCAGGUGAUGCCGAAUCGAGACCCCUUAUCCGAAACGAAGAUCCCGAAGAAGUUUUCAGCCGUGCGCUUGGCGUCGAGUUGGAGAAGAUCUGCUCCUUCUAUGUUUCCAAGGAGCGCGAGCUUCUCGACGAGGUCAAUCAGCUGCUGGGUGACGUUGGUAACCAUUCUUCCGAGGACGACGAGAUUGAUGGCGGGCCUAGACGGUCAUUUGGCAGCGCAUCCCGCCCGGGACUGUCGGGGUCUAACGGCAGACGGACUUCGGUGUCCGUCGACGGCAACGCUGAAGACAGCGACGAUGACGAGGACGAUGACGAAACAACAGGACUGACGAAAAGUCGCUCCAGUUUUGGCGGCGGCAGACGUAAAACGGUACCGAAUCUUGGGCAGUCGACAACAGACAUGACGGCAUCGACCGAGUUGACGUUGGCAAGAUCACUGCGGCGCUACAGCACCACGCAGGACGAGAUGCCGGAUCAGUCUUUCCUGUACUCCUCAGGCAUCAUGCUCAAGAAGCGGAUCAUCAGCCUUUACGUUUCGCUGUGCGAGCUCAAGUCAUACGUGCAGCUGAACAGGACAGGUUUCAGAAAGGUUUUGAAGAAAUUCGACAAGAUUUUGGACAAGGAGCUGCGAGUCAAGUAUAUGAGCGCCAACGUCGACUCAGCGUACCCAUUCAGUGAGGAAAAUAUCAAGACGAUCGAGGAGAACAUUUCCAAGAUGGAAAAGGCUUACGCCCAGGUUGUCACGAAUGGCGACGAAGCACUUGCCAAGCGCGAUCUCAGGUCUCACCUCCGGGAGCAUGUCGUUUGGGAGCGCAAUACUGUCUGGCGAGACAUGAUCGGAAUGGAGCGUCGCGCAGAGGCUGCCAGCUUAGGAAGAACGCUUCUGGGCAGAGAUGGAGCGACCGGCUCGAGGAGACUUCAGGGUGAUGAUGAACUUGCCCCAAUAACCAAGGAGGUCGUCACCCCGAUUGGCCGUCUCAUCGUGCCAACAUGGGUCGCCAGUACGCCUCUGCUUACCCUUCUGCUCGCUGUUACCGCCUUCCUCCUGCUCAUUUUCCUGCCCAUCAUGGAAAAACCCGAGCAACAGAACUGCUUGGCUUUGCUAGUGUUUGUCAGCAUCCUUUGGGCUACUGAGGCUAUCCCGCUGUUCGUUACGUCACUCAUGAUACCCUUCCUAUGUGUUGUUUUGACUGUUGUUCGCUCCGACGACAAGCCUCACAAGAGACUUGACGCAAAGGCUACCACAGCCUACAUCUUCUCAGCCAUGUGGACGCCCGUCAUCAUGCUCCUGCUAGGCGGCUUUACGCUUGCGGCUGCUCUGUCAAAAUGCAAGAUCGACAAGCGUCUUGCAACCUUCGUUCUCAGCAAAGCAGGCACCACUCCACGCACUGUCCUCAUUGCCAACAUGCUUGUCGCUGCUUUCGCCAGUAUGUUGAUCAGUAACGUCGCUGCGCCAGUGCUUUGCUUUUCCAUUAUCGAGGUCAGUAUCCGUCUGAUGAACCCCGACUGUGCCUCAAAUUAA